CGUUACAGUAAGACUAAGAAUAAGGUUGCAUAGUCGGCCAAGCAACAACAUCAUUAACCAAGCUUGUGUCUUUGCAACACAUUAUAAUUUGGAGGCCAUACUGUAUUCAUCCAAGUGGAUCGCAACCAUGAGUGUGGCUAUGGAAUAUCAUUGGUUUGAAGGUAUUAAAGAAGGCCUCAUUGUUUGUGCAUGCGAAAAAUGCUGAACAUACCAAGGCCGAGCGUGAAAUUCUUGAAGAAGUCCGACACCCGUUUAUUGUGAUGGGCGGAGAACUGUUCACACAGAUGGCUGCAGAGCAAAUGUUUUCUGAAGAAGUGGCACGUUUCUACAUUGCAGAACUUGUGCAGCAUCUUCAUUCGCUCGGUAUUGUGUAUCGCCACGUGCUCUUGACGGAUUUCGUUCUUAGUAAACAAGCCCUCGGUGCGGAUGGCAAGGCUAAUACCAUUUGUGGCACGGCCGAGUAUAUGGCGCCUGAAAUCCUGAUGGAGAUGCACUAUGAUAAAAGUGUUGAUUGGUGGACGUUGGGCAUUUUAAUGUUUGAAAUGCUUACGGGCGAUACUCCGUUCCGUGCAAACAAUAAGAAGAAAACGCUUGAUGCCAUCCAGAACAAGAAACUAAAUGUACCUUACUAUGUUACCAAUGAUGGCAAAGAUUUACUAAACAGACUCCUCCGUAAAAAUCCAAAUGGUCGUCUUGGAAGUGGCAAUGAUGGCACCAAGCGCGUGAAAUCACACCGUUGGUUCCGCAAAAUCAACUAGGAAGACCUCAAGGCACGCAAAAUGACACCUCCCAUUAUACCUGUUGUUACCAAACCUGAGCUUGCUGAGAACUUCUCUGACAAGUUCACAAGCGAGGCGAUCAAAGAAUCACCUGUGGAUAACCAUGGAGCAUCCCUCGAAGCACAUAUGAGAGAUUACUUUCAAAACUUUAGCUACGUUGCUCAUUCGCAUGUUUUGACAAGUGCUUUUGAUAAAAAUUAGCUUUUUUGCUGCCAUUUCAGCGUAUGCACAUUUUCCAUACUUGAUGGAUCAGUAAAAGUUGUCUCAUGUGUAAUAUUGAUCCUUCUUAUCAUCACUUCAUCGAGGCAAUAUCACAUUAAGCGUUCUGUAAAGUGGCCGCAGGAGGGAAUUCUUUCCUUCUGUCUUCGCUUUCCACA